AGUAAACCCAGCGACCUCAUAAAAACUAUCCGGCACAACACGGACGCGAGACGCUGCAGCGCUCCCCCACAGGAGACGAUGAAACUCAUCAUUCUUGAGAACUAUGCGCAAGCCAGUGAGUGGGCUGCAAAAUACAUUAGGAAUCGAAUUAUCCAGUUUAACCCUGGCCCAGACAAAUACUUCACUCUUGGACUUCCCACAGGAAGCACUCCUUUAGGAUGUUACAAAAAGUUGAUUGAGUAUUACAAGAAUGGAGACUUGUCCUUCAAAUAUGUGAAAACCUUUAAUAUGGAUGAAUAUGUAGGUCUCCCAAGGGAUCACCUGGAAAGUUAUCACUCCUUCAUGUGGAAUAACUUUUUCAAGCACAUUGACAUCUCUCCAGAAAACACCCAUAUUCUGGAUGGAAAUGCAGCUGACCUACAGGCGGAGUGUGAUGCUUUUGAGGGGAAAAUCAAAGCAGCUGGUGGAAUCGAACUCUUUGUUGGAGGUAUUGGCCCAGAUGGUCAUAUUGCCUUCAACGAGCCCGGCUCAAGUCUGGUGUCCAGAACUAGAGUGAAGACAUUGGCUAUGGACACCAUAUUGGCUAAUGCUAGAUUCUUUGAUGGCGACCUCUCCAAAGUCCCCACAAUGGCUCUCACAGUUGGAGUAGGCACAGUCAUGGAUGCUAGAGAGGUUAUGAUUCUAAUCACAGGAGCCCAUAAAGCGUUUGCUUUGUACAAAGCCAUUGAGGAAGGGGUGAACCACAUGUGGACAGUGUCUGCCUUUCAGCAGCAUCCCAGCACUGUCUUUGUGUGUGAUGAGGAUGCCACCCUAGAACUCAAAGUUAAAACAGUGAAAUACUUUAAAGGUUUAAUGCUUGUUCAUAACAAGCUUGUGGAACCCUUAUACAGUAUGAAGGAAACAGGAGCAGAAAGAAGACAGUCUAAGAAGCCGUACAGUGACUAGUUUCUUGGGGGCUGGUAGGAUGCUAAGCAGGCUCUUCUCUUGGAAAU